UCUAGACACAGCUCAUUCUUUAACAAAGCAGCUCACCAGAUCAAGUGUAGGAAACCAUUCUUCUCAACUGCUAGGAAUGAAUCAUCCCUCUCAAGCGGGUGUGUCUUCUUCUGGGCCUUCAAAUUCAGAAGGACUAGAUGACCCUAAUUUCCUUAGAAAAAUGGAUACCUUAAAGUUUCAGGUGCCACGAUCUACUUAUUGCGAUGUUUGUUUAGGAGACGCAAUUGAAAAUAUAAAAUCUGGAAUUCCCGAAGAUCUCCUGUCCUGUUCAGAUUGUGGACGGUCGGGUCAUCCGACUUGUAUGGAAUUUACAAACAACAUGAUCAUUUCCGUCAAAAAGUAUCGUUGCAAUGAGUGGAAGUGCUACUCAAUAUGUGGCAGCUCAGACAAUGACGAUCAAUUAUUGUACUGUGGCGAUUGUGAUCGCGGUUAUCAUAUGUACUGUUUAGUACCCAAGUUGGAUGCAUAUCCCGAAGGGCCUUGGAGUUGCACCCUAUGCCUUGGAGAAUUUCACAACAAUCACUAAAAUAGCUUGAGUCCAAAAAAUAUGCGCACUGUAUUUGUUUAUGUCCGUUUGCAAAUUGCGAAUUUUGCGUUUAUCGUUAUCCAAAUUGUGACGAGAACGUAGGUAGUGUCAAUAAUUUUCGGUCCAAUUAACAAAUACAUAAACACAUGGUUAGUUCGGCAUUAAACUGGUUACUGUUGCAAGAACGGUUUAUCAAAUAUGAUGCAAAAUAAGACGAUUAGUUUGUUUAUUUUAAUUUAAAUACACUGCACGUUCAAAUUGCCAAUUUUACAAAUUCAUAAAUACAUAGAUAUAUAUUUAAAUAAAGAUUAAUCUUAGAUCCGAAACAUGAAAUGCAUGACAAGGAAUGCACUAGGGUCAAAUGUUUUAAACUAUGCCAAAAUAUACUCAAAUCACUAUUUCUGAAAUAAAGUUAGGGGUUCUGUGCAUGAUUUAAUUUUGGUUGUGCAUUUAUGACAAGCGUAAUAAUAAUAAUACAAAUCAAUAUUGAAGGGAACUGUAAUAAAGGUGAUAUGUUCAUUUUUA